AUGGGAGUCCUGAACGGCAUUGCGCAAACUCUUUCCUUCGUAGUAACCUUGCUCAGCGACGGAGCACCUGCAAUCCACGAUGCAUUUGCUGCCUCUGCGCUAGUCGGCGGAGCUGGCUUGGUGGAGUGCUGGCUCGACCCAGGAGAGCUUCCACAACCGCCACCACAGCACGUUGACUGCGGCAGCCGCACCCAUGAUUGCAAAGAUAGAAACGACGGCCCUACUCUUCCAGCACCGGGACGACCCGGCACUACCUAUCCAGCUACUAAUGACCCUGCUGAUGCCGCUCUAAUCACCAGCCGCUGGUUGAGAAAUAGUAGUGAUAAUGCGGCCGGAGUUGCGGUGGCCCUGGCACACAGUCAGCUUCUGGAUUGGGCGAACACGCUGAGCAUCCCGCCGCCUGGGAAUUUGGUUUUCCGGCUCGAGCAGCUAGCCCAACAGCCACCCCCGGCGGAAGCCUUCCACUUGGCAGCCGUCUCGAGCCUUCCGGUUGGCACCCCCGAGGCGCUUGCAUCCACCCUGCAGGUCCUGUACGCAGCGCUGAAGAUGGGCGGCGAGUUGUUUGUCUCAGUGCUGCUAUGUAACCGAAGGCUGUGUUCCGACGUGUCUACGGAGGCGCUGGAGGCUGUAGGCGUGGGUCCGGUGAUGUACUUUGGAGACUUUGUCACUGUAUUGCGGGCCGCUGGAUUUCGUCAGCCUCGCGUAAUGCGCGUUGAGCCGUGGGAUUUGCAAAGCGUGGAGGAGGAGGCACAGUUCAUGCUGCUGAACAGUAAGCUGUCAACGUUUCAGAUCCGAGCACAGAAAAAUAGGCUGCUGGACGACACAUGCGAGGACUACGGGCAGUGGGUGGUGUACAAGGGGACCCUCGAGGGCAGUGAUGAGGCGUACACUCUGGACAUGCGCCAUCGACUGGUCAGAAACCAGCCCAUCCUGGUGUGCGGCAACACGGCCGCCAUGCUGGGCGAAGGCGGCAUUAGCUGGCUCAGCAACCACUUUAUCAUUUCCGGCGAGCGCAGCGUACACUACGGUCCGUUCACAGGCGGCCCAUUCAGCAACAGCACGUCGCCGGAUCGAGGAUGCUGCUGCCUUUAA